AUGAGCUUCCCAUCCGAGAAGAAGGACGACGAUGAAGGUCUCGGGUACGAAAGGCCCUUCCGCGGGGUGGACAAGGCGCAUGUUAUUCAGGAGGCUCGAAUGUUUAACGACCCGAAUGUGGAGCCAGCGAGAUGUAUUCAGCUCAUGACAAAGCUGUUGUACUUACUUGGAAAGGGAGAAAACUUCAGCUCAAAGGAAAGCACAGAAAGCAUUUUCUUUCCGAUGACGAAAUUGUUUCAAUCCAAGGACGAAAAGCUUCGGCGUAUGAUGUACUUGGUCAUCAAAGAGCUGAAGCCGGAUUCGGAUUGUGUGAUUAUUGUUACUUCAACCUUGACCAAGGAUAUGAAUGCGACGAAUGAUCUUUUCAGGGCGAAUGCGAUUCGAGUGUUGUGCACCAUCACCGAUACAGCGAUGCUUACGGCCAUUGAAAGAUAUCUCAAACAGGCGAUCGUUGACAAACAGCCUCUCGUCGCAUCUGCAGCCCUCGUUGCUGGAAUGAAGCUGAUGAAGUCCAACCCAGACGUCGUGAAGAGAUGGGCUGCAAAUGACAAAUCUUCACAAAUGGUGCAAUACCACGCGCUCUCGCUGCUCUAUAAUAUCAAGAAGUCUGAUCGACUUGCGGUUUCAAAACUUGUGGCUCAACUGUCUAAGACACAAUUGAAGUCACCACUAGCGCAGUGCUUGCUCAUCCGUUACACCGUAACUGUGAUGGCCGAGGGGAACACACAAGAUCGCAGCUACUACGAGUUUCUCGAGAACUGUCUGAGGCAUAGGAGUGAGAUGGUCAUUUUUGAAGCGGCGAGGGCAAUCUGUCAACUUCCCAACGUCAGUCAAAGGGAGUUGACGCCGGCCAUCACUGUCCUCCAGCUCUUCCUCUCUUCGCCGAAACCCUCUUUGCGCUUCGCAGCCGUAAGGGCUCUCAACAGAGUAGCCAUGGCAUUCCCUUUGACGGUCACCUCGUGCAACUUGGACCUCGAGAACAUGAUCUCAGACUCGAAUCGCUCGAUUGCAACGUUGGCCAUCACAACGCUGCUCAAGACAGGGUCAGAAUCUUCCGUCGACCGAUUGAUGAAGCAGAUCUCGUCUUUCAUGUCUGAGAUUGCUGACGAGUUCAAGAUCAUGGUGGUGGACGCGAUCCGUGCUCUCUGCUUGAAGUAUCCGCAGAAGCAUCGGGUGCUCAUCAACUUCCUGAGCACGAUCUUGAGGGAGGAGGGAGGCUUCGAGUUCAAGAAGGCCAUCACUGACACGAUGCUGGCUUUGAUCAACGACAUUCCUGAUGCCGUUGAACCAGGGCUGUUGCACCUCUGUGAGUUCAUCGAGGACUGCGAGUUUACCUACCUGAGCACGCAGAUUCUCCACGUGCUGGGGAAGCGAGGGCCGAAAACUUCGCAUCCAGGUCGUUACAUCAGGCACAUCUACAACCGCAUCAUCCUAGAGAACGCUACGGUGCGAUCGGCUGCUGUCACUUCCCUCGCCAAGUUUGGAGCGCAAGUUCCCUCCUUGAGGAGCAACAUCAUCACGCUUCUCCGUCGCUGUGUGCACGAUGCUGACGACGAGGUGCGAGACCGAUCGACCUUCUACGGGACCAUCUUGGCCUCAGAGUCGGAGCCCAUGAUCAAGAAGUACAUCGUAGAUGUGGUGCCUCACAAGCUUGAUGGCGUGCAGAAGGCAAUUGAGGAUUACAUCGAAGCCUCUGACUUCACAACUUCCUUCAAUUUUGCCAAGGCUGUCACAAUGCCCAUUCACGUUCCCACCAAGGAAGCGAAGAAGACUCCUCAACAAGCGGUCGCUGAGGUCGCAGCAAAUGCUGGCUCCAGCAUCGCAAGCAAGCGACAGGAGACAGGGACGAUCUAUGCUGACCUGCUCAACCAGAUCCCUGAGUUUGCAGGGUUCGGAGCUCUCUUCACGAGCUCUCCUCCCGUCAACCUUACCGAAUCAGAGGCAGAGUAUGUUGUCACGUGCAUCAAGCACGUCUUUCCCGAGCACAUCGUCUUCCACUUCAACAUCAAGAACACGAUGGAGGAGGAGCAGCUGGAGAACGUGUGUGUUGAGCUCGAUCUCAGUGACUGCCCCGGGUGCUCGUUCGUGGCGAGCAUCCCUUCAGACGCGAUCAAGUUUGAGCAGCCGGGAAUGGCUUAUGUGGCGAUCAGACGAACAAAGGCCAUGGCAAACAUGUUCUUGAAGAACUGCAAGCUUACUUUCGUUCGCAAAGAAUAUGAUCCAACUAGUGGAGAGGUGGCUCCUGAUGGGGACGAGGACGACUAUCCUUUGGACGAGAUCGAAGUUGGUCUUUCAGACUACACGAAGCCUCUGUCGCUUCCUGACUUCCGAUCGGCGCUCGAGAAGUACAAGUCCAUCUCGGAUGCUGUCGUUGCGAUCCAGGAGACGCUUGGGAUGGAUGCCUGCGAGAACAGCGCGAGUGUGUCGAGUGCUGCCCGUCAGCACAGACUGCUCUUGUCUGGUGUGCUUCUUGGCGAAUUGGCGGUUCUUGUGCGUGCAGAUCUAAGGACUUCGGCCUCGAACGUGGUGGAGAUGAAGUUGAUGAUCCGCUCGCAGACGCCGGAAGUGAGUGAGGCUGUCUUGGAGGCAGUCUCCUCAUAA